AUGUCGGUCAAGUUUGAGAGGGAUACAUUCCGACAGACCGCGCAAAGCGUCGCCGGCAAUGCGGCUCAGAGCACUCAUAUUCCGGGCACCAGCGGCAAGCAUCCGCUCGCUGAGAAGCUCGGCACUGCUCUGACGGGAGGUGUCGGCAAUGCUGGAACAAAGGGCUAUCUUGCUGCCUAUAUCAAGCAGCUCGAGUCCAACCCUCUCCGCACCAAGAUGUUCACCGCUGGUGGCCUCGCCGGCCUCCAGGAGCUUCUCGCAUCUUUCCUCGCCAAGGAUCGCAACAAGAACGGCCACUACUUUACCUCGCGAGUUCCCAAGAUGGCAGCCUACGGUGCCCUCGUCAGCGCCCCCAUUGGCCACGUUCUCAUCUGGAUGCUGCAAAAGGUCUUCCACAACCGCACCAGCCUCAAGGCCAAGAUUCUGCAGAUCAUCGUCAGCAACCUGGUGAUUGCCCCCAUUCAAAACAGCAUCUACCUCGUUGCCAUGGCCCUUAUCGCCGGUGCCCGCACCUUCCACCAGGUUCGCGCCACCGUCAAGGUCGGCUUCUGGAAGGUCAUGAAGGUCUCAUGGGUUGUCUCGCCCCUGUCCCUGGCCUUUGCCCAGCAGUUCCUGCCCAACCACCUCUGGGUGCCCUUUUUCAAUGUCAUCGGCUUCGUCAUUGGCACAUAUGUCAACACCACCACCAAGAAGAAGCGUCUCGCCGCUCUCCGCAAGAAGCACUUUGGUGACGGCCGCAGCAGCAUGGGGCGACCCGACGAUUACCCUCCUCCCGGCAUGGGCGGUCCCAUGGGUGGCCCCAUGGGUGGCCCCAACCCUCCCUACUAA